AUGGGUCGCAAGAAGAUUCAAAUUAAACCAAUCAAGGACGAAAGGAAUCGCCAAGUAACCUUCCUAAAACGAAAGUACGGACUCAUGAAGAAGGCCUAUGAACUUAGUGUACUGUGCGACUGCGAAAUCGCCCUGAUCAUCUUUAAUUCAAACAAUAAACUUGUGCAGUAUGCGAGUACGGAUAUUGACAAGAUUCUGUUAAAGUAUACCGAGUACAACGAACCUCACGAAAGUAAAGGCAAUCAUGAUUUUGCUAACACCACCGAUAAUGAUGACGACGAUAAUCCUCCACCAGGAUUUGAUACCACCGAUUCAAAGCAAUAUGGUGGUAUGCCUUCCCCACAGCAGAAUUACAAUCCAUCAGUUGGUGGUAAUUACCAGAUGAACAAUUAUCCAAUGUACACUCAAGCACCGCAUCAAUACAUGGUUCAGCAGGUUCCCCAGACUAUGCACCAAUCGAUGACCGCCAUGAGUCUUCCUAUGAACACUGUACCAUUGCAAGUUUCGUCCGCUGCAAAUUCCGUGCCGAUCGAUGUUUCCACAUCGAUGGCACCUCCGACUCAGCUUACAGGCUCUACCGCGCCUAGCAUAACCAUGUCUCAACAAACUUCUCCUGAUAUUGAAGCUCCUCUUAGCGGCGAACUUUUGUCUCCCUCUCUCAUAUCCCCUUCACCAAAGAAGCCAAGACUUCGUGUUCAUAUUCCGGAUGCCAAGGAAAAACAAUCCGCUCCUGGCGCAGGUCAACAAUCACAGUCGACUCAACAGGAUCAAUCUCCUGAACAAGAUGAGACACCACCGGACUCUCAACCGAUGGGGACACAACCAACACUGUCGUCUCGUCCUACGCCGGCCACCACGGAGGCAGGCCCGACUUCUGCUUUACCGUCGUCACAAUUUGCACAUAAUUUGCCAUCUCCUUCAACAUUCUUCUCAGAAUUCUAUAAAACAACUGAACUGCCUAGUCCCCUUACUUUCGGAAAUACGCCUACUAGCGCUAAUCCUAGUGCUUUUCCUUGGCCCGCUCCGCGCACAACUUAUCAAUCUUCGCCGUUGGCAAAACACGAGAGCAAUUCAAGUUAUUCGAAAGGACGUCCUGCGCCAAUCGAAGAUGACAACAACGAUGAACCAGAUAAGAAAAAGACGAAACAAUAG